UAAAUGCCAGGUAGCAGUGCCAUUUCACUUUUAGUCUCCAGGUGUCGACGCGGGCGCAAUGAACCACUGGCUAAGCAUCAUACUUCUUGGGGCGUUGAUCUCCAUACCAGGUGGCUAUGGGAACACGAUCAAGGAACGGAAUCUGUUUGCCACCGAGCUCUUCCAGACCCUGGCCACGGAUCGUCAGGAUGAAAACGUGAUCAUCUCCCCCGUUUCCAUCCAACUGGCCCUUGGCCUGGCUUACUACGGAGCUGAGGGCAGAACCGCUACGGAGUUGCAGAAGACGCUGCACGCCUCCGCCAAGGAGAGCAAGGAUGGCCUAGCCGAGAGCUACCACAAUCUGCUGCACUCGUACAUCAAGUCCAAGACCGUUCUGGAGAUCGCCAACAAGGUGUACACCCGGGAGAAGCUCAAGGUGUCGGACCACUUCCGCGAGGUGGCCCAAACGUACUUUGACUCCGAGGUGGAACCCCUGGACUUUAGUCGCGAAACGGAGGCCGUGGAGCGGAUCAACAAGUGGGUCAAGCAGCAGACGCAGGACAAAAUCGAACGGGUGGUGGACAGCCUGGAACCGGACACCAAUGUGGCUCUGAUCAACGCCAUCUACUUCAAGGCCCGCUGGGCCCGGCCCUUCAACGAUGAGGACACCCGGGAUCGGGAAUUCUGGCUGAGCGAAAGGCAAUCCAUCCAGGUGCCCACGAUGUUCGCCGACAACUGGUACUACUACGCUGACUAUCCGGAGCUGGACGCCAAGGCCAUCGAGCUAUUCUUCGAGAACAUCAACCUGACCAUGUGGUUCAUCCUGCCCAACCAGCGUUCCGGUCUGCAAGUCCUGGAGCAGAAACUCAAGGGAGUCGACUUCAGCCUGCUUGAGGAACGCUGGCAGUGGCAGAGCGUGUCCGUCUACUUGCCCAAGUUCAAGUUCGAGUUCGACACGGAUCUCAGACCCACUUUGAAUAAGAUGGGAAUCAGUGCCAUGUUCUCCGAUGCCGCCGACUUCAGCAACAUUUUCCAGGACUCGCCCAUUGGCACACGGAUCACCAAGGUCCAGCACAAGACCUUCAUCGAUGUGAACGAGAUUGGAUGCGAGGCGGCUGGCGUCAGUUAUGCUGCCGGAGUGCCCAUGUCCCUGCCCCUGGACCCGAAGACCUUCGUGGCCGACCAUCCGUUUGUGUUCAUCAUCCGCGAUAAGCACGCCGUCUACUUCACCGGACACAUUGUCAAGUUUUAAUAUUAAUCAUACAUUCCACUCAGAUUAAGCACUUUAAACUGUAAUCAUUCCAUCAAUCAAUAAACGCGGGCAGUCUCCGCUAGUACUUAGAAA